GCCAAAGAGGAAGUUCAUCUUUCUAUGGCAAUAAGUUUAAUAUUGUUAAAAUUGUCUGAUCAUUUUGUCGGUGUUAUUGCAUCUCUGACACAGGCAUUAUUGUCUCUAGAGUAGACCGCACCCUUUUUAAGGGAGUUAAUAAGGCAACUGACAACUUCAACCUGACUCUAUUCUAAUAAUAAUUUAAUGAUGAAUUAUGUCCCUUUCGCCUUUGGCGAGACGCUAAAACUGACCCCGGAACCUUCGUCGCGGAGUUCGUUUCGAGGGGGAAUACUUAUGGAAGCGUACAACCACCAAGUAGAAGUUCCGUUAGCUAAACUGCUGCCGUUUCGCGCCGAGAGGGAUCUAAAAUCUAAAACGUAUUUAAACUCGACGUGUUGCAACAAAAUAACACUGUUUAACCCGAUGUGAACGUCUCCGCGCGCGUAUCUCCGGGGACCGAUGACAUUGACGCCCGGGGUCGAGGGUAUUUAAAAACAACAAGAGGGGGAAACUUCGCCGUGACGUCAUGUCUACAUUUAGAUGAGGGGGUAACAAACGGGCGCCCGUGACGUCAUGGUUCUCCUCUGCGUCUUGAGGAGCGGUCGCUUCUCUUUGGCCGCACGUCUGACCCGGAGCUGCGGACGCGCGGCACGUCCCGCGGCGGACACGCGCCGGGUGUCCCCGCGACCUCCGCUCACUUCCGGGUUCACGUCGUCGCGGCUCAUCAACAAUGGGAGCAGCGCGGCGUUUCGCCUCGUCGGUACCGGGCCCGGGCGCCCCGCUCGGCCCGGUCCCGUCCUCCGGGGACACCUGUUCCACACCUCCGGCCCCGCGGGGGCCCCCCUGCCCGCCCCCCUCGUGUGGCUGCUGCUCAAGCCGCUGCAGAAGCUCGCGGCCAUCGUCCUGGGCAGGAGUUUACGGAAGUGGUGGGUUAGUCUGCCGGACGACCGCCGGCAGCUGGCGCGCGAUUGGCUCCGUCGGCGCCGCUGGCGUCUGGCGGCGGGGGCGGGCGUCGCCAUGGUGAUCGCAGCCCUCCUCCUCCUGACCCACCUGGAGGAGUCACCGCUGACGGGACGCACGCGCCUCCUGGUGUUCAGCAGGGAGAAGUACAUGGAGCUGGCGACGCUGACUUCAGAGGCGUACAUGGAGGAGUUUGCGGAGCUGCUGGUUGCAGUGACCGACCCUCGCCACCAGGUGGUGGAGCGGUUGGUGCAGCAUCUGGCCCGCAGGAACCAGGACAUCCCCGAGGUGUCGCGCGUCACCUGGAGCGUCCACGUGGUGCAGAGCCCCAACGUCAACGCCUUCGUGCUGCCGGUCAGAAGAAGAAGAAGUAGAGAAAAUAGAAGAAGAACGCUUUUCUUUUCAACGUCCUCGUUUCUCCGUCUCUUUCAGAACGGGACGGUGUUCGUCUUCACGGGGAUGCUGGACGCCGUGGCCGACGUCCACCAGCUCACCUUCGUGCUGGGACACGAGAUGGCUCACGCCGUGUUGGGCCACUCGGCAGAGCAGGCCAGCCUGUCUCACGUGGUGGACCUCCUGUCUCUGGUUCUGCUGACGGCCAUCUGGGCCGUGUGUCCUCAGGACAGCCUGGCUCUGCUGGGCCAGUGGGUCCAGGACAAGCUCUCCCAGUUGAUGUUCAGCCGUCCCUUCAGCAGGAAGCUGGAGAACGAGGCCGAUCAAGUCGGAUUGCAGUUGGCUGCAAAGGCGUGUGCGGAUGUGCGUGCCGGGCCUGUGUUCUGGCAGCAGAUGGAGCUCCGGGAGCAGCUGGCAGGAGGCCCCUCCCCCCCCGAGUGGCUGUCCACACACCCGUCACACAGGAACAGGUUCACCCAGCUGGACCGCAGCGUGCCUCAGGCUCUGGAGUUGAGGGACAGCUGCUCCUGCCCGGCUCUACCGGCCACCGACCCGCGGGCCGCCUUCUCCAAGAGCGUCCGCCUGUUGCUGGAUGAAGCCUCCAAGCACCCGGGAGGAGGAGGGGGAGGAGGAGGAGGAGGAGGAGGAGGUCCUGAAGGGGCUCGUAAGCCCCUCCUCCCGGCCUCCUUGCCCGCCGCUCUGCUUGCCCUCACCGUCCUCCCUUCCUCCUCCAACGUGGCCUCACCGGGAGCCUCUGAGCCUCCUGCUCCUGGUGGAGGCUGACGGGGGUUACACCACCGACUGGUCAGCCACUCUCCAUGUUCAUCGUCUAGUUCAGAGAGCCUGAAGAAGAAGCUCCAGAGCCCCCCCCCCCCCCCCCCCCCGUUAUUAAUGCUCAGCGACCACUCAGAUGCCACAAUAAUGAGAUAACCUCUAACGGGGGGGGGGGGGGGGGUGAAUGUCAGUAAAGCCUCCUGACUCGGUGCAUUAUUCAUCGACAAACGGCAGGAAGAGGACAUCUGCAUUCUAAUUAUGACUACUGCACUCUCCUGACACACACACACACACUCUACCAGCAGGGUGUGUGUGUGUGUGUGUGUGUGUGUGACGGGGUUGCUGCCGUCUCUCCUCCGUCAGGCUGUGAGAUCUUCAAUGAGCUUUUUUUGUCAAAUCAUUUUUUUUAACGAGUCGACUGAGGAAACAUCUUUAUUUACAGCAACAGCCGCGGGAGUGCACAGUUAAGUGUGUGUGUGUGUGUGUGUGACACAUUUGGUUAAACUGAAAUAAAAUAAAAGUUGGUUUCAAACGGA